AUGGUGGUUGCCGUCGCUGUGUACGUGAUUGGCGGUGCAGUAGCGAUUCGAAAAAUCGAAGCAGUUCCGGCAAAGAAUAACAUCGACGCGGAAAUGGAACGAAAACGAAGGGAUCAAUACUAUGAGGAACCAAUAAUUCAAUUGGAUCGUACUCGAGCAUGCGUGUUGAAAGCACUUCGCGAGAUGACAUCAUCUGGCAACUGCUCAAGACUGCAGAGUAAAAUGAGUUUACUCGAUGCGUGCUACGCGGCAGAUUUGAGGAAAAUUGGAAAUGUUGCCUCCGAACGAAUCGAAGAUGAAAAUCAACUGACAAGUCAUACGAAACACGAAAUAAUCGACGGGUACGAGUAUUGGACACUAAUGGAUUCAGUGCUUUUCUGUUUUACAGUCAUUACAACUAUUGGUUAUGGAAAUGUUGCUCCGAAGACAUUUGAAGGACGAUUAUUCGUAAUAUUUUACGGUCUCAUCGGAGUUCCUUUUACAAUGAUGGCAAUCGCAAAUAUUGGAAAGUUUCUGGCGACUCUUCUCAAAUCAUGGACGAGGCCAUUUCUGAUAUGUGCGAGACGAAUUCGACGAAAACUCAGCAAUAAUAACAACAAUAAUAAUAAUAAAGAAAACGAAAUAAAAGAAACCCAACGAUUAAUGGAGAAAUCAAAGAAAAAGGCGAAAAUAAUUGAAGAUGAUGCAUCAUCAAGCGGAGAAAAUGAGGACGAAAUUGAAAAAAGUGAAGGUUCCGAAGAAGAUCCAGAUUCUGAAAUGAGUCAAACCGAGACUUUCGUGCUUUUUAUCGCCUUCGUCGUUUACAUUGUAGUGGGCUCAAUUGUGAUUGCUGCAUAUGAACCUGAAAUGGAUUUUUUCGAGGCAAUUUAUUUCAAUUUUGUCACAUUGACAACGAUAGGAUUAGGUGAUUUAGUUCCACAAUCCGAUACAUAUUUGGCGAUCACAUUGAUCUAUUGCGCGAUCGGACUCGCACUAACCACAAUCGCCAUUGAAAUCGCGGCAGAUACACUCAAGAAAUUACAUUAUUUCGGCAGAAAAAUCGACAAUGUUGCAAAUGUUCAAGUGUGGUUUGGAGGACAAAAAAUAUCAAUGAGAGCCCUUGUAAAAAACCUCGGCGAUCAAUUCAAUGUUCCAAUCGAUGAGCUCGAUAAUUUGGAUCUUGGAAAAUUUGUGGAUGAUGCUAUCAAAGUCGAAGCAGGAGAAUUGUCGACAUUGCGGAAUGAUCGUGCUUGGAUGAAUUCGAAUUACUGGCGAGCAAUAGAGUCCGGCUCGAUGCAUUAUGUCGACGACGACGAUCUGGUCACUCUUCAAUCAAACCAUAAUACCUCAUCUCGUCACGUGAUUCUCAAGAUACCCUCGUCGCAAUCCGUGCAAUCGCACAUGAUCGCGACAGCAUGUGAGCCAAUUGUCGAAGAAACCACAGAAGAUUUGAUUGAUUAUGCUGACGAACCAGAAAGCGAAGUGAAGAAAUUAAUAACAGAUGAGGAAGACGGAAAACCAAAACGAAGUUCAACUUGCAUUGAAAUGCAAAAAUUAUUAGAAGCUUUCAAAAAUUAUCAGAAUGAAAUCAAUGCACAAGACGGGCGAUGGAGCGAAGAAGCUCGGAGCAGAUAUCUUGAAUAUCAACGAAUAUGGAGCCAUUUUAGAGAAUCGCGCAAUAUGAAAUAG